AUGGGAUUGGCCUUGGUCUUCUUGACCUUGGUUCUGGUUUCAGCUUCACAUGGUGACAACAGUCAACCGAAAAACAUCUCGGCUGUUGUAGGUCGCAGUGUUACCUUCAGAUGUCCUUGGAACCUCAGUAUUCCUGUUUACAGAUUGUACAUUCAGAAACUUGGAAAACUUCAGAAGCCUCUGUUCAUCAAUGGUUUUAAUAAUGGCAAGAAGCUAGCAGUGUCUCCAGAGUACCAGGACAGAACAGAAGUGAACCAAGCGGAGCUCAGCAUGGAGAUGACAAACAUCAAACUUUCUGAUGAAGGAUCAUAUGAAUGUUUUGUUUUUUCCUCAACAAGCAGUCCUGGUAUAUUCCAGAUCAAUCUCAAAGUCACAGCUGAAUUCAGCACUCCAUCUGUGGAGGCCGAGUGCGGCGAGCACAAUCCCGAAAAGGGGUGGAGCUGUCAGGUGAGCUGCGGGGCUGGGGGCGGGUACCCACGUAGUGAUGUCAUAUGGGCAGGGCUUAACCAGAGUAUGAUGAUCGUCCUUGACGACAGCUCUUCGGAAGAUCCUGCAUCCAAAACAUGGAGCGUCAACCAAACCAUCAAGUACACCUGCGAGCGUCCGGACAAUGUCAGCUGUGAAAUAGGGGGCGCUGUUUCCCAAACCAUCACUAUAUGCAAGUCAGCUAUGGGAUUUGAUUUGUUUUGUUUGUGAUUUUGAGCAGAAAUUAACACGUGGUACUCAC